AUGGCUGAUCCCGUGUCAAUUGGCGCCAGUGCCGUUACAUUAAUUGACUCAAGUUCGACUUGUCUCACAUUACUUGUGAAACUUAUCAAAUGCCUCCAAAACGCGCCUGCAGAGAUCGAGGCGUUGUCUAACGAUUUGGCUGAUCUCCGAAACUACUUCGAUGAUGCUAAGGAUCUCUGCGAGAAAAUUGGCGCAGAACCGACUCAACAAUUCCGAUUCCUGAAUGCUGCGUAUAAACCUCUUGAAGAUGCUGGACAAGCGUUGGCGGAAUUGGGGAAAUUACUCAAAAAAUCCCACUCACAGACUUCUAGCGUACAAAGAAGGCUGGCAUGGAUAACGCAGAGAGCUAAAGCAAAGAAAAUUCACAAGCAAUUGCAAAGAAUCAAAUCGGACCUUGGAGCUGCGCUGGUGUUAUCCACCAAGGCUGACGGACAUCAUGUUAGCACUCGGAUCACAAGAAUCGAAACUCGGCUAGAAGCCUUGCAGUCUACAGCUGUCACGCACGUACCAUUCCUCAUGGCUCUACCGGACACUUCGGUGCAGAUUUUAGGGCCCCAGCUCGAGAACAGGUUCCCCAGUCUACCUGAAGCCCCCCGUAUGGAAUCUGGAUGUCGAAGCCCGCCGAAUACUCCCAUAGGAGACGCCGAUUUAGACCAGUUGUCUAGUACAGCAUUGAUUGUCCCUAGUGAUGACUCCCAGAUAGAAGGGAACGUUGACGGCGCCAAAUCACUUCUGUGGGACAGGAAGGCCUCGCUUACCGACGUCGACCCUAACCAUGGACGUACGCCCUUACAUUACGCUGUAAUUCGCAACAAAACUGACAUGUGCGAACUCCUUCUUGCAGCGGGAGCUGAUCCGCAUCUGCAAGAUGAUGAUUACACGACUCCGUCUCAGAAAGCCUGGGAGCAGAUCCUCUGCAAGAGAGGGACGGUCGCUGAAAUCGACGGCUUAAAGCGUUUGUUCCCGGAAACCAAAGAGCUUGAAGCCUGGGAGUUUUCGUACAUUCACAAGGUUGUCCUGGAGAUAUUUCCCGGCAGAUUGGCCGAUGAGUUGCAGAAUGAGCAGUACCACAGCCAGAUCCACGCUGUGGAUUCCACGAAUCGGACGCCCCUUCACUGGGCGACAAUCAGGGGAGACGUGGAGGCAGUGAGGUACCUUUUGGAGGCCGGAUCGGACGCCAACUGCCGCGAUAGUUUCAAUAACAGCCCUCUCACCUUUGCAGCGUCGACCGGCUCUGUACCUAUCUUAGAACUCUUAAUCCUCCAUGGAGCCAACGUCCACGCCAGAACUUUCAAGGGCAGCCAGGCAAUCCACAAUGCAAGUCGGCAUCAACGAGCCAUUGAGCCGGUCCAAACUCUAUUACGGGCUGGAGCAUCUCUGAACAGUACCAACGACCUCGGCCACUCGCCGCUGUCCGGGGCGGCGAUCCAAAACCGCCAUGAGAUCGGGGCGUUUCUUCUGGACAAAGGCGCGGACAUGCAUGUCCGCAGCCUACACGGCGACACGCCCCUCUUCCAAACCAUUUUCCACAACAGCCACGAGUUCCUGCAGAUGCUCUUGGAAAGAGGGGCGAGUGCCGACGACGUCAACAACGCAGGGUCGACCCUGUUGCGCGCGGCUGCGUCGGAGGCGGAUGCGCGAACCGUUGAGAUUCUGCGCACGUCGAAUAUAGAUUGGACUCAGUGCCUGCUUCGAGAUCCAAACGGGAGCAUAGCGCUGGAGAAAGCAUGGCGUCGAGUGAGCCCCCCGAAGGGCUUCUUGGAGGAAUUCGAACAGCUUGUCGCGGCACUGGGUCGGGAGGAACGGCUACGAGUUGAUUGCCCUUCCAGGAAGGAAAAGGCGGUCUAG